AUGUCUGUGGAUACACUGUUUCUAGACAAGGUCGAGGAACCACAGAACUUCAACAACAACGCUCCGUUUGACCUCCUUGUCAGCGACCUAUUCCUCAAACUCGAAGCCACAAACCUGGAAAACAAGGGCCCUACGAUACGGUCAGACUUUGUGAAAACAUGGCGAACCCACUUUGGCCCCAACAUCUACCCGGCCGUCCGGCUCAUCUUUCCCAAUCGGGACGGCCGCAAGUACCAUGUCAAGGACGUGGCGUUGACGAGACUCGUGAACAAGUUGCUCAAAUUGCAACCUGGACUGAGCGACUACCAGACGAUCAAAAACUGGAAAAAGCAGUUUCAGCUGAAGGCGAGUUUGGCGGGAAGUAAUGAGCGAGGCCAAUUGGGCGAUUUGCCGUUGAUAAUAGCUCGGAUCAUGCUGCGGAGAAGAGACCUGAAUGUGCCGGUGAAAAGUACGCUAAAUGUGGACCAGGUGAACGAAGCGUUGGACCAGUUGGCGAGCAAAACACGUUCGGAGGAGCAGUUGGCGGUGCUCGAGCCGUUUAUCCGCUGUGUGUUCCAGAUGAUCCUCAAGGAACUGAUGCUUCUGUUUUUCGAGAGGGCGUUUUUCCAGGCGUGGCAUCCGGACGCCUACAAUUUGUUCAAGGUCUGCGAGGACAUGAAGAAGAUAUUCUGGGUACUCCAUGACCCGGAGGUCCGUUUGAAACCCACCCAGUUGUGUGUCCAGCCUUUGUACAUGUUUGUGCCGCAAAGCUCCCACAAAUUGGACAUUUCCUACGACAGCUUGUGCAAGCGGAUGACGGUGGGAUUGCAAAAAGAAAAUAAGGACCCCAAGUUGGUGCAGCUCUACAACCAGGAGAACAUCGAGGGCCACUUUCUCAUUGAGGAGAAAAUCGACGGUGACAGAAUGCUAAUGCACAUGGUGGACGGCAAGUUUCGCUGGCACACGAGACGAAGAAGAGACUACACUUUGGUUUACGGGGAAAACGUGCACAUUGGCUCGUUGACGAAGCAUUUGACCGACGCUUUUGACGAAAAAGUCCACAGUAUAGUGCUCGACGGAGAAAUGGUAGCCUGGAGCAAAGACAGAGAGAUGAUUUUGCCGUUUGGGACGCUCCGAUCUGCAGCCAUUCAGGAAGCCCUCAAGCAGUUUGACGUGAUUGACGUUUAUGAGGGAAACAACAGCUGGCCGUUUUUUCUCAUUUUCGAUAUUCUCCAUCUCAACGGCAGGGACCUCCUGGGGCUUCCGCUUUUUUACCGCAAGAACUUGAUAAACAAGGUCGUCAAGGAGGUGCCCCACCGGCUCGAGAUUCUCGAGUGGGUCAAGGCCAAAUCGCCCACAGAUAUCAAGGCAAAUAUGCAGCGGAUUGUUACCGAGCGAAACGAGGGCAUCAUGGUGAAAUCCUUGCUUUCCAAGUACAGAGUGUACAGCCGGGAGCUGACCUGGAUCAAGGUCAAGCCGGAGUAUUUGGAGAAUUUCGGCGAAAACCUCGAUUUGGUCGUUAUAGGCAAAAUCGGCCGUGUCAAGACAUCCUAUAUCUGUGGACUCAAGGAUAUCGAGGAGGACGGCUGCUACAAGCUGUUUUGCAUGGUGGCCAACGGGUUUCUGAACGCUGUUUAUCGGCAGAUCGAAAGCAAAUUGGUGAAUUUCUGGAAGGACUAUAAUGUGCAAAAACCACCAUCCACACUUAUCCAAUUCGGCACGAAAAAACCAGACUACUGGAUCGACCCGGCCAACCUGAUUGUGCUUGAAAUCAAGGCAAGGUCUAUUGAAGUGACUGCCGAAACGCCGUAUGCCGCUGGGUCUACCCUCCACAAUUUAUGGUGUAGAGCUGUAAGGGAGGACAAGGAGUAUGAUGAAUGUAUCACGCUCCAGGACUACCAGGAGCUCAAGGCGAAAUAUGCACUGGACAUUUAUAAAAACCAGGACGUCAAUCGGAACCACAAACGGCCUGGCGAAAACCUGAUUGUGGAAAAGUACGAGAAGGUGAAAAAGCUCAAAAUCUCUGCUGAGCUGAACGUUUUCCAAAACCUCCAUUUGGUGAUCGCCACAGACUACAGGAACCCGGACGAGCUGCAAAGCAUGAGUGCCGAGGCCUUGAAACAGCUUGUUCGGCUGCACGGAGGCCGUUUGGCGCUCAAUCCCAAAAAAGACGAGCUUUAUGGCAAAAGCGUCGUGGUGAUUGGCUCGAACCUCACGCCACGUCUCCAGCGGUGGCUUGAAGAAGGCUUCGACAUUAUUUCGCCAGCGUGGGUGAUCGAGACCAUCCGUGUCAAGCGGCUUUUGCCGAUAGAACCGGGAUUUAUCGUCGGCAGCGAAAAUCCAGAGCUCGUGCAAAGAUCAGCACACAAUGUGGACCAGUUUGGCGACAGCUACUUGGUGAGCGGCAACUGCCCAAAAGGACUUCUUCUACACCUUGCCGAUCUCAACGUUCCGAGGAAGCUUGAGCCCGAGAGUUUCUCCAAAUGCCGGCAGAUCUUCCAGUCUGGUGAAGGCCCACGGUGGUAUGGCCUUUUCAGCGGGUUGAGUUUUUAUCUUUUGAAAAUGCCCGCCAGCCUUGAACGCAGAAUUACCCGUUUCGGCGGUGUCUGCGUUGACGACUGGCAAAAGUGCCACUACGUUGUCUGCCGUGAAGCACAGAAGCUGGACAUCAAAACGAUCAGCACGGCUAUGGGCCGGGUAUACGAGGAAGGACAAAGGCUUGCAUUGUUCGUCCAGGAAGGCUUUGUCGGCGCCAGCAUUGCCGCUGGAGUUAUCGUUGAUGACGCUGCCUACAGGGUUUAA